UCUAUCGCCAUUCGCUAAACUCGCGUCGGAUAUAACGCACUAAUACUUACUGGCCACUAAUAAAACGUCAGAUAAAAUAAUUUCAAAAUGUUAGAUUUUAAAUAUUCUUUUCUGUUAGUGUUUUGUUUUUGGUGGCAUGGCAGCUUCGAAUUGGUGCCGUUGCCGGACUUCAUCCACCCAUGCGCGGAGUUGACAGACGAAUGCUUCACGAAAGCCACCUUAGAUGCUAUACCGGGCAUCGUAAAAGGGAUCCCUGAGGCCGGCAUCCCGAGUCUGGACCCGCUCUACCUGGACCGCAACAUCAGUAUGGACCUGCCCGGCAACUUGAAAAUGACCUUCCACAACGGCAAGCUGAUAGGCCUGAGUACCUGUAUCCCCGACAAAGUAUCAUCACGGCGUGAGAAACGCACGUUUAUAUUCGACAUGCACUGCAAUUUCACCAUCAAGGGCCACUACAGCCUUCAGGGUCGUCUCCUGCUCUUCAACCUGGACACUGAUGGCAACGCCAAAAUCAAAAUCUGGAACCAGCGCAUUCGUCUGGAGGUCCUGGAGAAAGUGGUGACGAAUGCGAAGGGCGAGGGUCACUACAAGAUCAACUCGUACAAGUAUAAGGCAGACUACGGCACCGACUUGAAGCUCAACCUCACCAAUCUGUUCCGGGGAAGCGCUGAAAUCAGUGCCAACGUGCUCCAAGUGUUGAACUCGAACUCUCAGUUGGUUGCGCAGGAGUUCGGCGGCCCGAUCCUCGACUACGCCAUUGACUACGCGAUGAACGUCACGCAGAAAUUCUUCGACACCUACACAUAUGACCAGCUCAGCCCCAUUCCGCUCACAGAUGACUUCUUCGUGAAGGAGUAGCGAGAGAUAUCAAAUAAUUUAACACGUCCUGAGACAUCACGUCUAUAAGCCUACAUAUUUAGGAAGUCUAAAAUCCCCGCAUAUCCCACAUUUUUCUUAACAACUCGGUUCCGGUAUCUCACAAAACAACACUUAUAUAUGUCUUGCUUAAUUUUAAUUGUGAUUGGGCUCCUGAAGACAGAAGCAUACCUAUAUUCAAACUUUAAACCAAUCGUCGACAUUCUUUCAAAUUCAAAAUUCAAAACUAUAAUUAUUUGUCAUAGUUAGCUUACAACAUAUUUACUAAAACUUUCCUCUCAAGCCGAGUGCAGAAGAUUAACCCUUCUUCAUCAAUUUAGGUAAACCUGUAUUUUGAAAGCUGUUGGUUUACUGAAUAAAUAUAUACAUGCUAGAUUGCGUGUAUACGUCCCACUACUGGGCACAGGCCUCCCCUCUAUCGACCGGAGGUAGUAUGGAGCAUACUCCACCAUGCUGUUCCACUGCGGGAAUAAAUAAUAAAUAAAUGUCAUAAUUAUAUAUCUGUACUCGUCUCUCGACGUUGUCUCCUAGAACUUGUUGAGUAAGUUAAACAUUACUAAGGGGUAGAGUAGAAUAAACAUUUGCAUUUGUCAAGAAUGGGGUAUGGGGUUUUUGCUUAGUCUAAGAAUUUGCCUACUUUGCUUGAAAAGUUUUCUAAGGUCAUCUCACGAUGUACUAACGACAAUGCCAAAAUUGAUAUUCAUUAAGUCUCAUGGUUUGAAAUAUCCUACCAAUUGUUUGUAUUAAGUUUUAGUUGUAAAUAAAGUAAAUAUUAUAAAAAGAGUGAUUUAUUA